CAACAAAGACCAGCUGAAUGUAAAGAAAAGAACAGGUCACUACAAAAAAGUAUAUUUAUAAGCGUUCCGUUCAAAAAAAUGCCAUGUCAGCUCAACGUGGCAAUAGCAGCAAUUUAACGUUGCAGUCGCACGUGGAAGCUGAGACCACGCAACAAAUUGAUGUGGAUCAAGAUCAAUUUAUAAUAGAUGCAGCUGCCAAUGCGUUGUACUAUUGUGAGGAUUGUGGCCAGGACUUUGAUAGCAUAGCAGCGUAUAAUGAGGCGCACAAUGGAACGGGCAGCUGUCAAAGUCACGUUGAGAUUGAUAUCAAGCCCAUUGUGACUGAUGACGAUCUGAUAGAAGAGCUAGAGCCACAAAUGUGGGAUGUGGUGGAUGAGGAUGACAGAGAAGCGUCGUUAGCUACUUUUGGCACUGACGAAGUGGAGCUGGCAACCGAAAUUGAAAUGGAGGAUGAGCACAUUGAGGAGGCGUCUAGCUCAGCGGAGCGUUAUUUUUGCUUUGACUGCCAUAGCAUAUUCGAAACACGACUGAGUGCCGAAGAGCACAGCUGCCCGCAGGCGGAAGCCAAUGAGGAGUUGAACAACAAGCAGCUCAAUAGCAAAGCGAAACCACAAACGCCAGUGCGACGUAAGCUGCCCACAGUGGGCAGUCUAAAGAACGUUGAGGCCAAUACUACAUGUCAUAUAUGUAAGACCAAGCUGAGCUCUGCCAAGUGCCUGAAAUUUCACAUGCGCAUUCACGACAAGCGCACCACCAAAUCCAUACAGGAUGCAUUGCCAGUGGGCGCUCAUCAGCAGUACAGCGAGUUGGAUCAAUUCUAUUGUGAAAUAUGCGACAAGAGCUUUGAACAAAAUCUCUUAACUGUGCACAAGCAAAUGCAUCAGAGUCAGCAGCAUUUCUUUUGCGGCACUUGCAAUCGCAAAUUUGAUGACAUAAUCAACUAUGAGAUGCAUUUAAAAAUACACGAAAAGUCAGAAAAAGCGACGCCUGCGAGCAACAAGAAAAAGGAUGUGGGCACCAAGGAUAAACCUGGAUUUGCCUGUCAGUACUGUGAUAGCGUCUUUAUGCGUCCCUACGAGAAAGUUAAGCAUGAACGCGUACACACUGGUGAGAAGCCCUACAGCUGCGAAGUCUGCGGCAAGACUUUCCGUGUGUCCUAUUCUCUUACGCUGCACCUACGCACGCACACGAACAUACGUCCCUAUGUCUGCACCACCUGCAAUAAGCGCUUCAAGUCGCAUCAGGUCUACUCGCAUCAUCUGCGUAUACACAACUCGGAGCGCCAAUAUGCUUGUGAUAGCUGCCCCAAAUCUUUUCGUACCUCGGUGCAGCUUUAUGCCCACAAGAAUACACAUACAAAGCCAUAUCAAUGCGCUGUCUGCAAUCGUCCGUUUGCCUCGCUUUAUGCCGUAAAAACGCAUAUGAAGACGCAUCGCAGCAAUGAUGCCAAGAAUGGCAGCAAUCCCACCUCCAAGAGCCAACAGCUGCCCAACAAAUAUUGGUGCGAAACCUGUGGAGCGGAAUAUGCGCGUCCAUUUGCUCUGCGCAUACAUAUGAAGGAGGCGCAUGGACAGAUGGACGAUGCCGAUACGCGUUUGACUAAGGUGACGCCGCCUGAUGAGCUGGAUACAGAGGAGGAGCUGCUGGCACCGGAUACAGAGACUGCUGUACUCAUAGCUGCUGCUAAAGCCGAUGCAGAUUAUCUGCACGCUGGUGUGCCUGAUGUGGAUGUAGCUGGUGCAGUGCAAAAAUUUGAGGAUAGCAUGCAGUUCGUUGUGCAGGACUUUCAUAGCGAGGAGAUCAUAACCGAUUGGCUGAAAAACUGACAAGACGCUUCUCUGUUUUAGGACAAAAAACCAA